UAUAUCGAUAAACGGCAAGGACUUCAUGCGCGGACAUACAUCCUUUAGUUUCCGAGCAAGAUUGAACGAACUGGCGGUAUAAAACGUUGCGUCUAUCAGUUAGUGCGAUCAUAUACCGAGCAGUGUGCGACAAGUGUGGGCCGCAAAUAACAGAAUUUAUCGAACAGUAAUCAUGUCGCCAAUUUUGGGUAUACUGUUAAUCACUACUGUAGCAUUGGCCUCUCCUUUCUCUGACAAUGUCUGUACAACAAACUCGGACUGUUCAUCGGAUAAAUGCUGUUUACUACCACCUUCGAGGUACGCGAUACCAAAUUGUAUGCCGCUUCAACAGAAAGGCGAUCAAUGUCGCAUAAAUGCCAAUACUAUUACCACUAACUUAACUUACCCGGACAAUAGCCAACUGAAAGUUGUGAAUGUACAUUAUAUCUUGUGUCCCUGCGCUACAGGGUUAUCCUGCAAUUUGAAAAAUGGCAUAUGCGAAUAGAAGCACAUUUCCGUCACUUCAAGAGAUCACAAAUGUUAGACAGUUGUAUAUGUGCUCAGGAUGAAAUGUAUUAUUUCUGCUAAAAAAACGUUAUAAUAAAUAAAGAUAUAUUAACUGUCA